AUGGCGAUGGCAGCGGGCCUGGCGCGGCUGCCCGCGGCGUGCAAUCAACGGCUGGCGGAGCUCCUGCGGCAGGUGGACGACGUCGACAUGGUGUGGCUGGAAGAGAUCCGCGAGGAGGCGGCCAGGAUGUUCGGCAGCCACUACAGUGACCAGCCGGAGCUGAUGCCCAAGACGCCAUCGCAGAAGAACCGGAAGAGGAGGAAGCGGCCGUCCGCGCUGCGGGGCGAGAGUCUGGAGCUGGGCAGGAGGAGAUUAUCUAGAAGGAGGACUAACAACCUCAAAGCAGUGUCCUCUAAGCGAUAUUCUCAGCGACUCCAAAAUAAAGAAGACUCAGCACCAGUCAGCACCGAGGCCCAAGAACUCUCAAGCCAAACUGUCUCUCAGCGGUUGACAAGAUCCCAGGUUAUAGCGCCUGCCGACUGCUCAGAGGUCCUUCCUGAACAUCUAGGUGAAAGGGUAGUUCCCGUUGUAGAAAUCAGUGUCUGCGAUCGUGUUUCUGCUGAGUUUCAGUUCCAGAAGUGUACACCUGAACCAGCGGAGAACCACUCCACGAACCUCCCCCUGAGCUCAGAUGACAAGUCUCCCGAGAAGAGCAGUGCUGCAGAAUCACAGCAUUUGCCUUCUGCAUCUGAGCUCAAGGUCCCUCAUACCCCAGAGGCAAAAGGUUCAGGAGAGCACAAGAGUGCGUUUAAGAAGACAGCAAAAGCAGCUAAUACUACAGUUGUUUUAAGUGAAGAGCCUGGGCUGGAAGAGGUAGAUGACUCUGCUCAGGUGCAAAAGCAUAAUGAGAGGGAUGAUAAAGAACCUCAGCAUACAACAGAUAGCCCAGAAACCCCUACAGGUUCUAGGCUAAGCCGUCGCUCUGUGCGCAGAAGUUUGAUGGGCAAACCUUCCACGAUUCGUAGAACCUCACUGGCAGAGAAAUACUCACUGGCCCGCAAGAGGGAAAGCGCUAUUCGGAAAUCUAUCGCCAGGACAGUGAUCAAGCGUAAGGCGCCCCAAAAGUUAUCUGUGUCCUCCAGUUCUGUGAAUGGCUCGGGUUCUGAAGAGGUGCCAGAAGAUGAAGAAACAGUUGUCAACACUGGACCUCCUCCUGUACCUCGUACCCCUCCGAAGCUGGAUUUCCAAGGCCUGCGGAUGUCACUUCGCUCUCAGACUGUCAAAAGAAAUGAACAGCAGCAGGAGACGAGCAACAACGAAUGUGACUUAAGUAAGAGUGAGAAGACCCAGGAACCACCCCAAAGUGCCAGGAGAAAGACAAGUUACAAGAGAGCUGUGGAUCAACGCUAUGACACCCAGCAAGCAGAAGAUGGAGGGCUUUCUCCUCAAAGAAAAAAGACUCCAUCUCCUCCAUGUCCAGCCAGCAAAGUUGUACGGCCUUUCAAAACAUUUUUGCACACUGUGCAAAAGAAUCAGCUCCUCAUGACCCCAACCUCUGUGGGGAGAAAUGGAGUAAUAAAGUCUUUUAUCAAGUACAACACUCCUCUCCAACAUGAUCCCAAGGAAAAGGAGAGACAAAAACUGCAGGCUCUGAGAAAGAAGGAAGAGGCUGAGCAGUUGAGAAAACAAAAAGUGGAGGAAGAAAAGAAACGGCGACUGGAAGAGGCAAAGUUGAGGCGUGAAGAACGCCUGCGUAAAGUGCUGCAAGCUCGGGAGCGGGCAGAGCAAUUGGAGGAAGAGAGGAAAAGGCGCAUUGAGCAGAAGCUAGCUCUGUUUGAUGAGAAGACAGAGAAGGUGCGGGAAGAGAGACUGGCAGAAGAGAAGAUAAAAAAGAGAGCAGCUGCCAAGAAAAUGGAAGAAGCGGAGGCCCGGCGCAGGCAGGAUGAAGAGGCCAGAAAGCAAAAAGCACUGCAGCAGGAGGAGGAGGAGCGUCGGCACAAAGAGCUAAUGCAGAAGAAGAAAGAAGAGGAGCAGGAACGUGCCAGGAAAAUUGCUGAGCAGAGGCAGGCAGAACAGGAGAGAGAAAAACAACUGGCUGCAGAGAGAGAGCUGGAGAGGAAGAAGGAGCAAGAGAGGAUUCAGGCAGAAAAGCAACGUGAACAGCAAGAGAAGGCAGCUCGCCUGCAGAAGGAAGUAUUGGCUGCUAAAGAGCAGCUCCAGAAGGAGACAGAGAAAAAAAAGGAAGAGCAGUUGCUAGCAGAGAUGAAGAGGCAGGAGCAAGAACAGAAGAAACAACCAGAGGAACAAAAAGCUAAAGAUGUAGCCCAAACACAGCACCUAGAAAACAAAGAGAAUUCACCUGCCUGCAAUUCAUACCAGAUGACUCCCCAGUACCAUAAAGAUCCAAAGCCCCCCAAGAUAAAUCCAAAUAACUAUGGAAUGGAUCUGAACAGUGAUGAUUCUACUGAUGAUGAAAGCCAGCCUCGCAAACCCAUCCCGGCCUGGGCCAGUGGGAAUCAGCUUAGCCAAGCAGUAAUUCGCCAGUACUACAACCCUCCCAAUGUUGAUGCACUCUUUGGGACAAUCGUAAGCCCCAAGUUGGAGGACAUCUUUUACAAAAGCAAACCACGCUACUUCAAGCGCACCAGCUCUGCUGUGUGGAACUCCCCACCGUUUCCAGGUGCCAAAUCGGUUCUAGGUCUGCCAUACAGCCUGAAAAAGUACUGAGGUGGACAGUAGCUGUCUCCUGUGGAGCAAUAACAUGCAUUUUUCUCUCUCUAAAUGAGAAGAGAGUUACUAUUCAGUAUCCCUAAAUCUUUAGGCACCGGCAUUGAAUAAAUGUCAACUCUGACUGGGUCUCUUGCAUUUUCUAUUUUGGAGCCUUGUUUUCUUACCACUGAGCGAAGUUGCAGGCUUUGGGGAGAUCUUGCUUCUGAACAGGGCAUCUCCUGUUUCCUUCAGCUUUAAGAUGCAUUCUCAUGACCUGUAAGUCUAAAUCUUUGCAUCAUCUCAAGCAAGUGUGAUUGUUCUCUUCAGCCAAGCAGGCCUGGCAGCUGAUGCAUGCAGUAGAGAAAGGUAUGUUAGUGCUGUUCCUGCCUCUCUGUGGCUGAAGCCAGAAUAUUGUACAGCUAAUGACCACUGCACGCAUCUUGAGUCAAGUCCAAAGCACUACUGAUGUCCUUAAGAAUAAAGAUCUUAGCAGCCAUGGUCUUCAUCUCCUGCAAAUUGCAAAAUAAUUUGGUUUGGUUUUCAUUAGUAUGCUCUACGUCAACACCAAAUACAUUUAUGUGCAUGAGCUAUAUUGAUGAUGAUGUUACUGCAGCUCAGGAGGAAAUAUUCUGAGGAUUUUAAUGACCUUUCUUCUGCUGUUAGAGAGAGAGAGGUGACUCUGGAGUUAACCAUGUCUUCAGGAACACCCAGACUGGCAUAAGUAAUCUUUGUACUUCUGGCAGCCUCUCAAAUAAAUUAUACAAAGGUCCGGGUAUUUUUUCUCUAAUUUAAAUUCCAUGUUUGUGGCAGAUUGGAUUAAAAGAAUGUUUUUAUUUAGCUUUAAUCCUUGUCUUGCUCUUUUCUCCCCUUAGAUAUUUCACUUAGUCAGCAUCAAAGCUGGUUUUAUUUUUAAGCCUUCACUUUGCACUUCUUGUUCAGUAAAGCAAUGUCAAAAGAGUUUCCUCAUAACAGCAAAAUAUGAGCUCAGAAUUUCAGCUCCAAGAUCUCUUGGUGUUCUAGUCUACAAGUUUCUGCAUAGAGAGAACAGAAGUCCCAGUAGGGCAGUGACAUUUUUCAAGGAAACAGUUACAUAAAUUUCUAUAGGUUGCUGUGGAAAUCUGUCUUCUGCAAAGUAGGCAAAAUAUAUGGUUCUUACCUCAGAAUCAUCUUUUUUUGGGGGGGCUUGAUUUUAAAGAGGGUGAGUAUUCAUGGCUGCAACUUCAGUCAGUAGACUGAGAGCACUGUACAUACAGCUUGGUCGCUGAGAAAAAAAUACCCCUGGAGAUUAUGUAACAUGUAAGGAGUAUUUCCUUGUGCUUUAGCUGUCCUUCAAAUAGAUACCUUUAAAAUGUGUUUUUAUACUUAUAACAUCUGUCAGUUUUGUAUUUGCUAUUGAUGAGUGCGUUCUGUGAAAUGAUUGUGCUUUGAUAAAUGUUCAGUAGAUUGAAUUUUGUACUAUCAUCUUAGAAUGAGGAAUGCUUACUGAAAUGACAAACAGUUGAAUGCUAUCUGAAUGUCUGACAGCUUGAUAAAACUGAAGUCAUCUCUG